UGCAACUCAGCCAGGCAUGGCCCAGCCUGGUUACCAGGUCCAGAAAUGUGUGAGUGAGGGUGACAAUUCAGGACUGUGAGGUGCCCACUGUACAUGCCCUUCUCAAGCUGCGUUGACCUGUGACCCUGCCAACGAGCACACCGAAGUAAACGCAACCGAAAUGUUGAGAGGGGCCGACCUCACGGACAAACUACCAUCGCCUCCUGCGGGCUACGUCACCACUAACGAUGUCACCAAUACCUGCUGUGUAGCAUCAGAAAUGCCUUUAAUUCAAACCGAUUAUAAGUGGCAUACUAUAACGCCUGUCCGGUCUCUUUUUCCCGACGAAAUCUGCCGAGAAGUGCCAGUGUGCACGGCUCGGGCGACGCGUUUUUUGAGUCAGCCGGUUACCAGUGUCGUCGGCAACGGCGCCGACGAUGUGGACCGGAGUCCGGCCAAACGGUACCAGUGUCCGUGGGAGUGGGACGACAGUGUGGAUGUCGCUCUCAGUCUGGAGGCACUCUGCCUGGAGCGACCCAGGAAGCGGCUCCGCACGAUCCCGCGUGUGACGGAAGAAAACGCUGAUGAGGAAGGGAGCAUCGACCAGAAUGGGGAUGCCGAUCAGGAAGAGGGCACUGACGCGAAAGGCACGGAUCAGGGAGAGAAUGCUGUUCAGGAUGAAAGCACUGCUCAGUCUCAGGAACGGAACACCGGUCUGGAAUGGGACUCAGGUGAGGAACGUAGCACCGGUCAGAAAUGUAGUGCCGAUAAUGAAGGCAACCCAAUUCAAACAGAGAGUGUCGACGAGAAAAGAUGGCCGUUGCAAAUGGACGCAAAGUGUUUUGAGGCUGGGCCAGAAAAGGCUGAGGCUUGCGCGGCAGCGUGUGUUAUCGCUCCUGGCGACUUACAUCCGGGUGAUAAGCAGCUCAUUGAUGAUACAGAGGUGUCGUCUUCUUCCAGUCAGAAAUAUCGCCAAUCUCAGCUGAAUAUCGCUGGGAAAAGUACGGGUCUCGAUUUAUGGAUAGAUCGAGUAAAUGAAGCUCCCGACAGCGGCACAGAACAUGACUUUGCGAUGUUCCUGUCCCAACAGAUGGCAAAGACGCGUAUUUCCGACCUGAGAAUCUUCCCCGCGUCACAACCUGCCGGUGCUAAUGGAUUUAACAAAUCUUCGUCGCAUACAACGAAUCAUCUGUUGCAAGACUCACCCUACCAGUCACCAUCACCACAUCCAGCAAGUGUCCAAUGCCUGAACGGCUGUGAAUCAUUUCUAAACGAUUCCCCUGCGGCCAUGUGUGCGAACAUUCCUGAACCGUCUCCACCGGACCGCACCGACUCACCCAUCGGCUCGCGAAAUCCGAGUCCGUCUCCGGAGAGCGGCAGAGACGACCCUGUGUCUCCGCGGACCGUCAGUCACCUGGCGGAGGUGGUUUCCGCCGCACUGGCAGCCCAGUGUUCCAGCCGCGAGCCGGGCCUGCGCCGCAGUCACGCCGAGCAGGGCUGGUCACCGGGCGAGCCGCGGUCCCCGGGUCCGUCCGAGUCCGGCAGCGCAGACGGACGGUACGACGGCUCGCAGAUCCGCUACAGCCAGGCAGACACAGUGCCGUGCUCCCCGAACGGCAGGCCCGACUUCCUGACCCGUGUGUUCAGUGGACGAACCGAGUCUGAGGCCGCGAGUCUGGCGGGGGCGGACACUCAACUGUCGUGCCAGACAGCAGAAGAGAUGGGUCCGUCAAGUCGCGCCGAAAUCGAGCUAAACGUAUGUACUAUCGUGCCAAACGUAUCCACUCCAAUACUGAGCAUUCGUCCGUCAAGCCCACGUAUAGAGGAUGCUCGGUUUUCGGAGACCGGUGCUGACGAGCCAACGUCGGUCAUCCCGCCUAGUUCGGCGGAGACUCAGCAGAGCCUUUUGGGCCGCGAGGAGAGAGCUCUGUCGCGCGACGAGUCGGGGUCGGACAGUGCGACCCAUCGGUCGGACCAGUCCGGACUGAGCGGCUACAUCGGCCGACUGGUGGACGGCCUGGAGGGCUCCCCGCCCUCACGGCAGGGACGGGACACCGCCGACGCCACGGGUGAACCACUGCUGGGCGUCGGCGGCGCACAUACGAUCAGCGGCGAGAUACCAUACGCUGGAGAGCAAUUUCCGCCCACCGAGUCGGAGGAGCCGUCGCCCCGGUCGCCCAUCCCGCCGCUGUGCCACGAGCAGCGGCUGCAGCUGCUGCUGGCGAGCGGGCUGGACACGGUGUCCGACCGCGGCGCGGCGGCACACGCCACGCCGACCGCGUCGCAGGAGGUGGAGAUCGUUGCCGACCUCGGCCCCAGCGCGGGCUCCGCGGUGUCGGCGUCAGUCACCGUCUCCCGGCCGACUGGCGAGCGGUCCGGGCCGGCGCAGAGCACCCAGCGGGACCCGCUGACGCCGCCGGCGGCGCUGGAGGAUGGGCUCGGCACCUGCGGUCUGUCCCCGGUACUGGAGGAGGAAGAGCCGUCUCCGUCAGUGGCCGCUGUGUCUGAGUUUAACACGGACCAGUCACGCUCGGAGACGGACAGCGAUGUGCUCAACGAUGCCAGGCUCCUGUCGCUGACGGCAGACAGCUCGUCGGACCCGCCUGCUCUGGCCGCUGCCAGCUCGUCGGACCCGCCUGCCCCAGCCGCUGCCCCUACUCCUGCCGUUCCCGUUGCAGACUUUCAGGGAAACGCAAUCACCGGAGACCAGGGUAGAACGAGCCAUCGCGAGGAAGCUCAGAGCAGCGACGAAUCGGAUGGUGUGCGUGAAACGCGUACAGAGUCGGAUCAGUCAUGUGGGUAUGUGACAGACGAGUGCGCCGGUGACCUUUUCUCCGGCGAGAGUGAGAGUGACUACAGCUGCUCCCCGAGUGAUACGGAGUCGGACCGAGCGGAUAUUGUCCCUCCGGUGCCGGCCGACUCGCUGUCCCGUCCGUCUGGAGGCGCUUCGGUGCCACGAGACUCGAGCGCGGCCUCCCGGUGCGUGUUGGCCGGCUCCGCUCGGGAUGACGAGUCGCCCGCCGUCGCUGAGGCGACUGCUCCCCUGGACCUCUCUCCGUUCAGACCCUGUGUCGCCACUGACCCUGCCCCGGCGGCUGCAGUCCAACCAGCAGCCCUCUGUUCGGAUCAACCGCUGGACGAAACAAAGUGCACCAUACCGGUCAACGUCAGUGCCAACCCGGGGACCGACGCGGGACACAGCAGCCCGGGAUCAAACACAGACUCCCCGGCCUGCGGUCAGGGCAGUCCGGCCGGUGACCCUGCCGACCGGGAGCCGCCGAGCCCGUCGCUCAGUCUGGGCAGCGGUUCAGUGGCGAGUGGCGGCCGCUCUCCGGCCCGGCCCGCCGCCGCAAUGCCCGACAGUCCCGGCUCGGAGGUCAGCUCCGAGGGGCUGGCAGCCAGCCGCAGCAGCGAGGAUCUUUUCCUGGGAGGCGCCGGUCCGCCGUCCCCGCUGGCAGCAGAGGAGGGCCUGCCCGUGUGCGCCACCCAGCCGUUCCGGCCCUCGCUCGGUCUCGGCCCCGCUGGAGAUGGCGGCUGGCUGGCAGACAGGCAGGACGCUCGUCGGGCGCGGCGCGGCUGGCCGACCGUCUCACCAGCCGCCCCUCAGUCCCGGACGUUGCCCUCGGGUGAUACUGAAGAUGCUGAACACACCAACGAUGCACCGUAUGUCCUGGACACCGACACUGGAAGAUCGUUUGCUGGGAGCGGCGGCCAGGUGCCAGCGGUGGAGGCAGCCGUACCGUCGGAGGCCGGCUGCGGUCCGACACCCGCUGCGAGCGGCAACUGUGGCACCGGGACUGACGACACGGGCUCCUCGGGCUCCCACCGGCAGCACCGGGCCGCCGCACUGACUCCAGCUGAUCUCCGGAACAGCGCGGCACACCACGGGCGCGGCGUCGGGUCCGGCAGUGAUGGUCCGAUGUCGUCCAGCGUCACCGGGCCUGAGGACAGGUCCCCGGUGGCCGCGGACACACGGCAGCAGAUCCUUCUAGCCAGAGCGGCCACGGUGCCGCCGUGCGCCGUCUCUGAGUGUGCUGCGGCGCCGCGACUCGGCACUGCCGGCAGCGUUGCGCGCUCAGCGGCCGAGGGCGCCGCCCUGCCGCCCGGCGGCCGCGGCGGCGGAUCGACAGCCUGCUUCCCCAGCCGGCCCGGACUGGUCGCAGAGAGGGCCCCGGCGGACCACAGCGCCGUCCGGCCGGCCGGCGGCGGCAGCGACUCGGCGCCGCGGCAGCCCGCCGAGGCGGCCACACCGGAGCCCGAUGGAGCCGACACGGCGCUGGGGCUGAGCGCCGACGGCUGCGGCGGCGGCGCGGGGCCGGCUGAGCCGCCGGAGGGCGCGCGGAUGCCGCCCCCGCUGCCGUCGCCGGCCGCUCGGACCCGCACCAUUCGAGUGGGCCUGUCACGGCGCGCUCUUCUGAGACCGUUGCACAGGCGGCCGAACAACUGAACAGGCGCUGUCGGCGGCCGGGACCAGUGUGGGGUCUCUGGGGUCAGUUCUGCACCUUCGGAGGCAGAACGUGGUCUGGUGUCCUCGGAGCUCAUCUCUGGUGGCCUCGCAAUACUUAUGUUGACGGUUGACCCAUCAGGAGGUGUUCCGGUUGAAAGCUAUAUAAGGAUUGGGCUUACGAGCUAUCGUUAAUGUCUGUUGGAUUUGAUUAUGUAGAUCUGUACGAAAUAUCUAUUUACAUCGUUUUAUUAAUUUGCUCAAUUGUUCUACAUUCCCGACGGCAGGUUAAUGAUCAUGUGUCCGACAUAGGUACUUAUUUCGUUACUUCAUAUAACUAUGUCUUGUUCAUAAUGCAUUCCGGUUGUUGAGUUAACAUAGUUUAUUUUUACAUAGACAUCAGUUACGUGCCGUGUAAACUGUAAUACUAGUGGUAGUGCCGUUAGGUAGUCAGUCGAGCAAUGGCUGCCUCUUGUAUUGGCAAUGGUGGCUGUGACCCAACGGCCAACAGUCUACAUUAUCUUAAUUUUCGAUGUUUCAAAUAAAGUUACAGCUCUCAGGAACAUAAA